UUUUCAAACUUUUCAAUCUCGAAUUGACACAUAUCGGACCUGUUUUUGAAUCUGUUCCUGACAAGUCCUUUUUGAAGUCCACCGCCUGGUCUUUUCAUACCAAAAGCUCUUCUUCUACUUUCCUCUCUCACUUCCAAACGAAGAGUUAGCGGGUAUUUUUUCUGGAACUCUGGAAAUUUCGGUUCCCGGAAAUGGACAUACCGACCAUCGUCGAUCAUUUUCUGAUCUCUGGUGUGGUGACGUGAUAUUACAUUUGCAAGGCGUCUAAUUUGUGUUUUAGCGGUAUUUGUAAACCAUAAGUAAAAGCGAAGAUUUUUAAUUUUAGUUUGCAUAGUUCUGAAGUUAUUCUAUACUUUGUCUUGCAAAUUCUUUCAAGCAAGUGAUUAUUAUAAUCAUCAAGAUAAUCCGCGUGAUAUAGGUAUCAGUUUUUGCUCCAAGCCUCUCAAAUUUCGGAGAUCGGUUAGUUUUUACCCAAAUUUUUCAUUCCCGAAGCUGAUCAGAAAGUAUUUAAGGAAAAAUAGGAGGAGUAGAUUUUAGAAUUUGAAGUCUUCAUCUUUGGCUGAUCAUUGAUGCCCCAAAAAACUAUGUGCUGUGGAAAAUGGUUUUCGAAAACUGAAAGCUCGAGAUAAUUCCAAAAGAAUAGCGUUUUCAAAUUUUGAUCAUCAGAAAUGCCUUUCCCUAUGAAAAUUCAACCAGUUGAUUUCAACGUCCAAACUGAACCAACUGUAUUUGAGCCGGUGAAGCCAGUGACAAAAUCGAGAUUCAAGAGGCUUUUCGAGAGGCAAUUUUCCAGCGUUCUGAGAAUAUCAACGCAGGAAAAGGCGGCCGGCAACGGAGGCGCUGAUGAGCCUCAUCACUGUAACAAGGAUGGUCCUGAAGAAUUCGAUCCGAGCUCUGUUUGCCUUGCGAAAAUGGUUCAGAAUUUCAUUGAGGAUAACAACGAGAAACCCCACAGGUGUAGCCGUAACAGAUGCAAUUGCUUUAAUAAAAACUGCACGGACAGCACCGAGGAGGAACUUGACUCAUUCAAUUGCUUUGGCGAUUCUACCUAUUCUCCUUCAUCUGAUGCACUUGAUCUUGUCAAGAGUUUGGUACCUUGUGUGUGUGUUUUUGAGAGAAAUCUGUUAGCAGACACUGCAAGAAUUGUUGAGAAAAACAAGAUCAGUAAGCGAAAAGACGAUUUUUGUAGAACAAUUGUAACUGACAAUCUUAUCUCUCUUGGAUACAAUGCUUCAAUUUGCAAAUCUCGCUGGGAAAAAUCCCCCUCUUUUCCCUCAGGGGAAUAUGAAUAUGUUGAUGUGAUGAUCGAAGGGGAGAGGUUUAUAAUUGACAUUGAUUUUCCAUCAGAAUUUGAAAUUGCUAGAUCCACCAAAGCAUACAAAUCGAUUCUCCAAACACUACCUAACAUAUUUGUAGGUAAAAUUGAUCGCCUUGAGAAGAUUAUUGACAUUGUAUCAGAUGCAGCCAAAGAGAGCUUGAAGAAGAAGGGUAUGCCAUUUCCUCCAUGGCGCAAGGCCGAUUAUGUUAAGGCCAAAUGGCUUUCUCCUUACACCCGAACUACUUCGGGUGCAACUGAUGAGGAAGUAAAGGAUCUGAUUACAGCAAAAACAAGUUCUUGUGUCGAAUUUGAGUUGAUUUUUGGGGAAAAAUGUUCGCCAAACGAUACUAACGACAAUGGAAAUGACACCGUUUUUACUAUCUCUAACAGUACAUCUUCAGACAAGAGCACGACUCCAUUGACGAAGCCAUUGGAAAUUAGGCCGAGGAGUUUGCAGAAAGGAGUGAAGAUGGUUACCGGUUUAGCUUCUGUAAUUGAAGAUAAACCAUUAAAGUUUUGGUUUUUUUGAGUUUUGCUUAUGCUUUGAGGGUACAAUACUCUGGUAAGCUAAUCAUUCCCUUCUCCUUUUAUUGUAAGGGUGUUGAACUGCUGCUAUUACUACUAAAUAUGAUCAAUAAUGAUGAUCAAGUAAAGAAAAGCUUUAUAAAAUUUUGGUAUCAGAUUUUGCUUUGUGAUGAUUUAUUUGAUCUUUAA